CCACACUGAGUGAACCGUUUCAACUCCCGCCAAUGAUUUGCAAAUUUUGCAACCACUCCAACUACCAAAAGAAAGGAACCCCUUCACUAAUAUACAAGUAUAACCCUCUACAAGAAACCAAAAACUUUGUAUCACAUACCCUUAAAGAAAAGCUUUGCCUAGCCAAAAGGAAAAACCAAUCAAAUUUACAUAAUUUUGUGCUACGAAAUUGGUCAUGGCGGGUGUUUCUUCAUCAACUGCGUUGGCUGAGAGGAUUUCUGGGUACACUGCUUUGUUCUUGGCAAUAAUGCUGGUUUUGAGCUGCUGUGAAUCGAGUGAAAGUGAGUUUGCUGUUCGGAUGGUACAAAUGCAAUUCAACAAGCCAUGCGAUGAAAUUUAUGUGGUUGGUGAAGGAGAGACACUGCACACUAUUAGUGAAAAAUGUGGGGAUCCAUAUAUUGUUGAAGAGAAUCCACAUAUUCAUGACCCAGAUGAUGUUUUCCCUGGCCUGGUUAUCAAGAUUACUCCUUUCAUUGAUAGGUAGGGUCAUGUUCCUCUAAUUUUUGAGCUUUUUUUUUUUUUAUAUUGCUUUUCAAAAGUUUAAGGUUUUGAAAUUCAUGGGAUGGAAAAAAGUGUGAAGUUUUGAGAACAAAUUAUAUUGGGCUGGCCUAUCUCUUGUGGUACCAAGUGGUAUAAUUCAUCUCUGAAAUAUGUACAUAAUAGAUGUAAAUAUGGGUGGACAAUUCUGUAUCUUUGUAUUAUUCAUGGAAUCAUGAUGGAGCACAUAUAGUGUUUACCUUUUA